AGAAAGUCCCCUGUAAACUGACCCAGAUAUUUUGGUAUUUUGGGAUAGAGAUUAGUUACUGUCUUCUAUAGACCUGAGACAUAAUCUAUUGAUUGAAAAAAGAAAAGAGAAAUGAAAAGACCAAAGUCCAUCAAACAGACUGAUUACCUUGAGUUAGUAAUUUGGAGAUGACGGUAUAAGGAUGUUAAUCCUAGAUAUUAAUUGCAACUUUUAAUGAAACAUAUUGAGACAAAAUAACUGUUACCGUAAUGGAAAAUAAAACAGACAUAAUACAAGGGACUUCUAAAGAAAUUCUUCCCUGUAAUGAAAAUAUAGGCAAAGGAACACCUAGGCAGAAUAAUGGUGACAUAAAAUAUAAAGAAAAAAAGGGUUUUAACACAAUAGACGGGGAAAGUGAAAAGGACCUUUGUAUAUCAAGUGAUGAUUAUACAAAAACCAUUAAAAAUGUCAAAGACUUGGAUUUUGUAGAUGAAACAAAAACAGGAAACAAAGAACACAUUGUUUUAGAAAAUGAGCCUCAACCAUUUCUAGUAGGCAAAACAGAUGAGAAAAUAUGUAUGUAUAUACAGAAAAAUUUGGCGGCAGAAGGUAUAAGUACUGAAGAGUGUUCAAGCCUCAAGCAGGAAGAUAAAUCAUUCCAUUGUAAUCUAUGUAACAAAAAAUGCAGGAGUAUGGAGACCCUUAAUAAACAUGGGAAAAUACACACAGCAGGAAAAAGCUAUAGCUGUAGCCUGUGUGGAGAAAUUUUUUCAAUGAAUUAUCUUCUUAAAGAUCACAUGAUAACCCACAAUGGAAAGUGUGACUGUGUUGUAUGUGGUAAGAGUUUUAAUCAACAAAUCAAAUUGAAAAGGCACAUGUCAAUACACAAAAGGAAUAAAUCUCACAUUUGUAAUAUGUGUAAUAAAGAAUUUAGCGACAAGCGGAGUAAAGAACGGCACAUGAGUAUCUCAUGUCCAAAGCUUCCAAAGAAUAAUAGUGUUGUUCAGCAUUUCAAGACACACAAGGGUGGUUGGCCAUAUGCAUAUUUGUUUAAGAAAGGUAAUGAAAAUAAGACAAAACAGUUUAUAGAUAAAGAUUUUCAACUACACACAACUGAUCAAACAUUUUGUACCUCAAUCAAAGAUGUAGAUAUGGUAAUCAAAGAUUCAGAAAAUACUUGUUCAGCUCAGUCUGAUGAAGAAAUGCAUUCUGAAGAUUGGCAGGUUGUUGGAUUUACAACACAUGACUCAGAAAUGAUAAAUGAUAAUACAGUUUAUGAUCAUUUUAAGCUGAAAGACAUGAAAAUGCACAACAAAGAAUCAGAUCUUCUAGUGCAGACCAAUGAAGAAAUGUAUACAAGGAAACCAGAACCAGUAUCUUCUGUGAGCACAGAAGAUGAAACAGUUGCAAAAGAUUUUAUAUCUGGUAAUAAAAUGAAAAUCAUAGAAACAUAUGAUAAGGAAUCAGCCUCUUCUAUUCCAACAAAAAGAGAUACAAAGAUAAAUAACAAAACUUUCACACCUGAAUGUAGAACAGAGGGUAUGGAUAGCAAAGAUCCAUCCUGUCCUAAUGAAAUGAUUAACCAAGCUGAAAAGGAAAUAAAAAUGCAUUCUGGAAAAGAAGACUCUUCAUCAGGGAAUGAUAUAGAACAUAUGAAUGAUGAUCCAAUAUCUAAACCCUCAUUAAGGAAAACCAAAGAAGCACAAAAUAAGAAUUCAACAUCUCUUUGUCAUACAACCAAUGAAGAAUUGACUGCUUCAUUUCCUGGAAAUACACAAAUGACAAACAAUGUAAAUAAACCAUAUGUUUGCCAUUUGUGUAGUGAAGAAUUUCCUCGACGUGAUUCACUUACAGUACAUAUCAAAUCACAUUCAGGUCAGAAACCUUUCUUAUGUUCAACUUGUGGUAAAACAUGUAUUUCAAAUCAUAAUUUGCAAGUUCACAUAUUAUCACAUACUGAUGAAAAACCAUACAAAUGUAGCACAUGUGCUAAAGGAUUUAAAGCAAACAGUAGUUUCAAAGUUCACAUUCAACAACACUCAGGAGAAACACCAUUCUUAUGUAUUACCUGUGGUGAAAGUUUUUCUUACCGCAGGCAUCUACAGGAACAUAUGACUGAACAUACUGGAACAAAGCCUCACAACUGUGCUACAUGUGGCAAGGGCUUUAUUGAAAAUUGCGAGUUACAAGCCCACAUGAAAAUGCACUCAGGUGAGAGACCAUACACUUGCAAUACAUGUGGUGCAGCAUUUGGAAAUAAACGUAAUUUUGAUAGACACAUGAGAACACACUCAAAUGGGAUGAAAUAUACUUGUAAUGUUUGUGACAAACAGUUUUCAAGGAUUGGUGUAUUUGAGAGACACAUGAGGAACCAUACAGAUUUACUUGGUGAUACAACAUCUGAUUAUCUUGAGCUGAAAGACAUGAAAGCACAUAACAAAGAAUCAGAUCUUCUAGUACAGACCACUGAAGAAGUGCAUACAAAUGAACAAGAACCAGUUUCUUCUGUGAAGAAAAUAGAAGAAACAGUUGCAAAGGAUUUUCAAUCUGAAUUUAUAAAGAAGAAAUUUAUAAAAAUAAAUAAUAAAGAUUCAACCUCUCCUAUUCAAACAAAGAGAAAUACAAAAAUAUAUAAAAAAAUUGUCACAGCUAACUAUAAUAAAGAAUAUCUCAAUAAAGAUCCAACAUCUAAUUCAUCAAUAAAGAAAACAAAAGAAGCACAAAAUAAGGAGUCAACAUCUCCAUAUCAUGCAACAAAUAAAGAAUUGCAUGCUCAAUUUCCUGGAAAUAAAGAGAGCCAAAGAUCUUCAAACAAUGUAAAUAAACCAUAUGUUUGUCAUUUGUGUAGUAAAGGAUUUUCACGAACUGAUACACUUAGAGUUCAUAUCAAAUCACAUUCAGGUCAGAAACCUUUCUUAUGUUCCACUUGUGGUAAAACAUUUUUCUCAAAUCAGCAUUUGGAAGUUCAUUUGUUAUCACAUACUGAUGAAAAACCUUUCAAAUGUAGCACAUGUGGUAAAGGAUUCAAAGCAAGCAAUAGGUUGAAAGUUCACAUGCGACAACACUCAGGUGAAACACCAUACUUAUGCAUUACUUGUGGUGAAAGUUUUUCUUACCGCAGACAUCUACAGGAACAUAUGACUGAACAUACAGGAACAAAGCCUCACAACUGUGCUACAUGUGGCAAAGGCUUUAUUGAAAAUUGUGAAUUACAAGCCCACAUGAGAACGCACUCGGGUGAGAGACCGCACUCAUGCACCAUAUGUGGUGCAGCAUUUGCAGAUAAGCGUAAUCUUAAUAGGCACAUUAGAAGACACACAGAUGGGAUGAAGUAUACCUGUAAUAUUUGUGGCAAAAAGGUAUCAAGAAUUGAUGCAUUAAACAGACACAUGAGAAACCAUACAGAUUUACGUGAGAAAUCUCACCUGUGUCAGUUAUGUGGUAAAGGAUUUUACAUGAAUCAACACCUAAUCAAUCAUAUGAAAACCCAUAAUGGAAGAAGUUGAAAAAAUAACACUUAGACGAAAAAAAAAAAAAUGGUUUAACAUAGUAUUAUCAAAUUUUUAUAACAUUAAUCAACUCAUACAUGGAAGGCAUAACCUCAAGUAAAAUUUACUAUUUUGUAGAUAUAUUCAACUGUUUUAAUCAAUCUUUCUAAAUAAAAAAUAAAUAGUU